AUCCAUACAAGUGGACCACAAAAAUAGAUCCCAAAAAUCUAAGAGAUAGCGGAGAUGCCCUGGAUCUCCGCGUAAUGUCCGGGUCUCGGCGUUGAAUACCUUCAAAGGCAUUGUUUAUGGUGUAUCUAGGCCAUCCGACGUCGACGAGCAGAUAUGCAGGGUGAUCGAGGAGCAGCGAGCCAUGUUGUGAUGGCUAGGAAUGCAGCCUGUCAUCAAUGUCGCAAAGCCAAGAGGAAAUGUGACGGGUUACGGCCUUUAUGUACACCUUGUCGAAAUCCGAUGAGAAGAACAUUGAGCGUCAACUGCACAUAUGAUCAACCUGCUCCCGGGGAUCCGGCCCAAGCUUCUUCAAGUCGGAGUGGAUCAAUUCAUUCGUCGGACCAUGACCAAGCCCAAGCUGCGAGAAAGAGAUCAAGAGGGACAACAUAUGACGACCCUGAAGAAGAUAGCCUGGCUCAGAUGAGCACUGGUGACCGGACCUCUGCUGCGUCUGCGGAUGACUUGUUCUGGCCAGAUUGGCCACCUGACCUCCCCAGCCUUCAGACCGUCGAAUUCUGCGCCGAGAUCUUCUUCCGCAAGGUACCUACCGUCAACAAGAUGAUCCACAAAGCCACCUUUAUGGCCAGAUUACAUCUACCACCCACAAGUCCUCAUUUCCCCUCACAAUCCCUCUUGCACGCCAUGAUCGUUGCCGCCGCUCCGUUCAUCCCCGGUUCCACGCUUCGGACCGCAGCGUUCACGCCGCUCAGGCUGAGGGGCGGAGAGUCAUCAAGAGGAUCCAAUGGCAUGCUUCCGUUCCUGUCAUCGCCGAACGACUUGGAAGGCAAAGAAGUGACUCCUGUGUUCCAAGCUUGGUACAGAAAAAGAGCGCUUGAACGAGUGGCCGAACAGCUUGAGAUAGGCGAUCGAUUAGUUCAAUGCUUGCAGACUCUCGUAAUCAUUACUCAUGUGGAUACUUUGCUACCGAGAGCUUUUGCCAUGUGGCAAGAACUUGGAGCGUGUAUGCGGUUGGCCGUAGCUCUGCAGAUGAACGAGACUCGUAACGUUCCAACAGACUGCUUCAAUCGAUAUUCUGGCCGAGUACUACCGCCAAAUCCCUCGCCUCUGGAGCGAGCCGAGAUGGACCGAACGUUUUGGUGCGCUUAUAUCGAGACUGAGAACAUGAACAUAACUGGAAAUUGGCCAAGUUCGUUGCAUGCCGAUGAGAUCACGCUAGAAUUGCCGGUCAAGCAGGAGAUCUUUGACCGAGGGUUUGAAGCUUCCUUGCUGGUGGGAACGCAGACGUUUCGCUCACCAGACUUCUACACUGCGCAUCCAGCACACAUGCUCGAUAGUCUAACCCUGACUGUCAAAGCCUCCAGGCUGGCACAGGAGAUCGCAACUUGCGUCAGGGAAUACGCCAGAGACUCGCACACAUUCAGGCUUUACGCUCAGCUAGCGGAACCUGUGAUUCAGGACAACUAUAGGUCGCCAUUGCCUCUCGCAGCUUUGGGUGCCAUCAAUGACAUCGUGACAAUCGUCCAUGAUCUGCUUGGGUCGAGCUUUGAUCUCACACUGCUUCCUGUAUCCUGCAUGAUGAGCUGGUUCAGCUGUGCCAGAGUUCUUGCGCAAUUCAACGAUGCGGCUUUGAAGGCGGGAGAUCUGGGCGCUGCGUCGGCAUUCUACACAGACUCCCAGACGCUCCGCACCGCCAUUCUGCUCUAUGCUCAACGUCAUCCGUUCGCCAUGCAAGUCAGUCAUCGAUUGGAAAGUCUCAAGCAGUAUCAAGGCGAGCAGGGAGAUCUAUCCCGUGUGUACAUGAACUUUCACGAAGAGCUCGGGGAUAACCGAUAUCAGUGGACUGCCCCCUCAAGCCUGCCGCUUGGAUCUACUUCAUCUGCAUCAUCCGUGUAGCUGUAGAGAGAGGCUGGAAUUCCGUGUCUCGAGGUUCAAUCAUCCGUUACCAUCAUAUCGUAUAAUACGGAUAUGCAUUGCUGUGGUUCCUGA